AUGAACCCUCUCGUCCUCACCUGUCUCCUGUGCUUCGUCGUGUGCAGCGCUCUGGGUGCUCAGGCAUCCGAGGCCACAAACUCCACCGAGCUAGCCGGAGUCACUGGGGGUCCGGCCUCCGGCGAGGGCCUCCCGAGCUCGAGGGGCGACGAUGACGAGCUGGAGCUAGACGACGAGCUUUCAGGAGGAGACAACGAACACUUCAGCCUCCACGACUCGCAUCCCGGCAAAGAUGAGAAGAAGAAGAGGAAGGGCAAAGGCAAGAGGAGGAACAGACACAAGGGCAAAAGCACGACUGCCUUCAACCCCGAGCACACGCUCUACACCAGCAGGUCCACGUCCACGUCCACGCUGAGCGCCGGCGAGGACCCCUGCACCUCCACCUACCUGGGCUACUGCAUCCACGGCCACUGCAAGUACAUCGAGGGCCUGAAGGAGCCAGUGUGCAUAUGCAUGAAGGGCUACGACGGGGAGCGCUGCGGGAUCCAGACUCUGGAGACGGUCAAGAAUCAGCCGGACCAGAGCAGCAACGCUCAGCUGGUGCAGACGGUCUUAGUGAUCAUCGCCGUGGUUCUGUCGGUCAUCAGCUGCACCGCCAUCCUGCUCAUGACCUGCGCUCAUUACAGGUCGCACAAAAACUUCCUGGCGUCCUACCUGGGAACCGGGUCGGAGCAGGAGAAGCUGCAGAAGCCCGUCGGUGACGUGGUGUGAGCGCGUCGAGUUACCUGGAGCCUGUUGACUCAAAGCCGAAGCCGAUCAGAGGAGUCUGAGCUCCUGAGAACGCUUCAGAGCGACUGGACGCCUUCACUACCGUAGAUGCUAUGUAAAAAACACUGUCCAGAACCUGUUAGAAUGUAAUUUAUUUAGUGUAAUUAUUUAUUGCUAACAACUGUAUUUGUAUGUUGGACUACUAUUAUAAUGUCUUUUUUUGUUUUUGUGCGAAUGCUGAGCAUUCGGCCUUUUGAUGUUCUCUAGGUUUGGUUUUAUUUAUUGCACUGCUAUUGUCAUAGGUCAGAGAAACGCUGUUCAUCUCGCUCUGGAAAAGGGAUGGAAUUAGAUCACCAAU